CCCACCUGCUGGUCAGCCCGGGAAUCUCGCUUAGAGCAUCCCAGGCAGAGCCACGCUCAGUUGAGCCCCUGGGAGCCCACCCUUUCUCUGGGCUGCUGGUACCGCGCCAACGGCUCUGCAAUACUUGGCGCCUUGGACGGGCAAAGGGGUGCCCGCCUCAGCCUGUGCCUCCUCAGAGCAAGUGUGUCUUUCUGGGAUCACAAGGCAGCAGCAGAGGACAGCCAGACACCCCUGGCAAGAUGCAGCUGCUUUCAGGAGUUCCAGACAGGUGCCAGUGACAGAAUUUUCUUCCGCCUUUGGGGCCAGGAGAACGAGUUUGCUCUGCCUCUCGGUUGCUGAAGGAGGGGACAUUCUGCCCCAAGAUGGCAAUCAGGCGGCUUCGUUCCGGAGACUUGGCCCGCUUUUGCCAAAAGCUCAACCGAGUGAAGACUCUGGAAGAUGAUCUAAUGGAGACUUCCCUCAACCGAUGCCUGACCACGGUUGAUCUGGCACUGCUGGGCAUUGGCGGGAUGGUGGGCUCUGGCCUCUACGUGCUCACUGGCACUGUUGCUAAGGAGACAGCGGGACCGGCCAUAGUGGUGUCCUUCAUCAUUGCGGGCGUUGCCUCUCUGCUGGCUGCCCUCUGCUAUGCUGAGUUUGGUGCCCAGGUGCCCAAGACCGGCUCAGCGUACAUGUUCACCUACGUCUCCGUGGGUGAGAUCUGGGCCUUCCUCAUAGGAUGGAAUGUCAUUCUGGAAUACAUGAUCGGGGGGGCAGCUGUUGCCAGAGCCUGGAGUGGCUACCUGGAUUCCAUUUUUGACCACAGGAUCAAGAACUUCACAGAGGCCCAUGUUGGCACCUGGCAGGUACCCUUCCUGGCCCAUUAUCCAGACUUCUUGGCAUCUGGCAUUGUACUCAUAGCAACGGCCUUCAUUUCCUUUGGUGCCCGAUUCUCCUCUUGGCUCAACCAUGUCUUCUCAGCCAUCAGCAUGGGAGUCAUUCUCUUCAUUCUGGUGAUGGGAUUCAUCCUGGCCAGGCCCCAGAACUGGAGUGCCAGCGAAGGAGGAUUUGCUCCUUAUGGCAUCUCGGGGAUCAUGGCUGGCUCAGCCACGUGCUUCUACGCCUUUGUGGGCUUUGAUGUUAUUGCCACGUCCAGCGAGGAGGCCCGGAACCCCGAAAAGGCCAUUCCAAGAGCCAUCGCCAUCUCACUGAGCCUUGCCACUGGGGCAUAUAUCCUUGUGUCCAUGGUGUUGACGCUGAUGGUGCCCUGGCAUUCGUUGGACCCUGAUUCAGCCUUGGCCGAUGCCUUCUACCAGAGGGGUUAUUCAUGGGCUGGUUUCAUUGUGGCCGCCGGUUCCAUUUGUGCCAUGAACACAGUUCUCCUCAGCAACCUCUUCUCUCUGCCCCGGAUCGUCUACGCCAUGGCAGAGGAUGGGCUCUUUUUCCAGGUGUUUGCCCACGUUCACCCCCGCACACAGGUCCCCCUGGUGGCUAUUGUGGUGUUUGGCUUUCUCAUGUCCGUCCUCUCCCUCAUCUUUGACCUGGAAGCCCUGGUCCAGUUCCUGUCCAUUGGCACGCUCCUGGCUUACACCUUUGUCGCAGCCAGCGUGAUCAUCUUGCGCUUCCAGCAAGCCAAGACCGAACCUCCUGACGCAGCGGGGAGGAGUGAGGGCGUCUCAGCACCCGCUGAGCCCGCGGGCACCACCGAACCAAAGGAAUACGAGUCUUUCUCUGAUAAGCUGCAGUUGGUGGGCAAAGAUAAAGCAGGGAGCUUGCGUGAGCCAGGGCAGCUGAAGGCAGCCUUUGAGCCCUACUUGGACUUCCUCAGUGAUUUCUACCCUGGCGAAGUGGUCACCGUGGCCGUGGUUGUCCUCAUGGUGUCAGCCCUCUGCUUGUCAUCCAUCCUGGUGUUCGGGAAGAACCAGCUCCACCUGCCCACCUGGAGUUACACCUUGCUAAUCCUCCUCUCCAGCCUGGCUUUUAUCUGCAGCCUUCUCCUCCUCGGCGUUCAUGAGCAAAAACCAACCACAAAGACAUUCCAGCUCCCCCUUGUGCCGCUGACUCCUGCCCUGAGUAUUUUCAUCAACCUCUUCCUGAUGCUGAAGCUCAGCUACAUGACCUGGCUGCGUUUCUCCAUCUGGCUGGUAGCAGGCCUGCUGGUCUACUUCAGCUACGGCAUCUGGCACAGCAAAGAGAACCUGCGGGACCCCCCGGCCCAGGACGUGCGAGCCCGCUACGUGGUCUUCCCGAGCAGCAGCCUGGAGGAGACGGUGCAGGCGGUGCAGCCCAGGACGCAGCUGGCCCAGGGCUUGACGGAAACCGAGGAAGGCGGCGAAGGAGCCACGAGAUGACGGGGGAAGGUCCAGCAGAGGCCAGCUUCCCUUUGCCCCCAUCCAGCCCACUGCUCUCCAGUCUGGGCAGAGAAGGGCGCAGGCAGGAAAGUCUGGGGAGAAACAGACCUUCUACUGCCAAGGGGGCAGCUCCCACUGCUCCCCUCUGACUUGGCUCCACUUCUCUGGCUGGGAGCCCGAACCCGUCCUGUUGCCGGAUGCCCUUGAGAAGCGGCCUCUUUGCUUGUGCCCCCGCAUUGCAGCCGGGCUAAACCACCCUCUUCCAGCAACGGGGUCCCGUCCCCCCUUUGUGCCACCUACUUGCUCCAUCCCCUUCCUCUCUGCCUUGCCCUCCAGGUGGCAGUCCCUGGCCUGCCAUUUCGGGAUCUUGAUAAUCAGCGGAGGAAGGCAGCGUCUAUUAUGGGCUGGCCCAGCUGUAUCCUAGGAAGCUCCCCCUUUGGGCAGAGCUGUCAGAAUGGUGGACUGACUCUGAGACAAGCUGACUUUCCAGUUUCCGUCUGUCCCAAACUCAGCGCCUGACCACUAUCAAAGGCAACCCUGGCGGUCCUGAGAUACUGCAGGGGUCUCUCUCUUGCAUAGAGGCUGGGCUGUGGUGACCGUGCACACCCAGCUGACAGGGCAUUCAAAGGUUUUGGCCGUCCUGAAACGAGCAGGCAUUAAAACUAUGGAAUGCAAACUUGCUCUUACACAUCCACAGCCCUGGCUCUUGGGUGCUCCUCAGAUGCGAAAGGUACAACUUGGAGGUAGCGCAACAGACCGAGACUGAAGAGUAAGCAAGCGGGGGAGCAAUUAGAGGCCACCAAUUGCAGCAAGACGUUCUGCUGCUGUUGGUCAUAGCAGGGGCAAACCAGGGGUGGUCAAAAAAGUCAAGAUGUUAGCCACAACCACACAAUAGGAGCCCUAUCCUUCAGUUGCAUCGUUGUGGCCAUCUUGAUGUUCUUGACACUCUCCUCCCCCUGCACAGCCCUGGAACAAACCUUUGCCUUGCCCUGAUGUGGAGAGAAACAGUAAAGGGAGAUGGAUGGGAAAGAAGGCCAAGACUGGAUUUCCCCAGAAAUACAAGGCAGAGAUGUUAGUAGGUGCACUAAUCUUGUUUUUAAAAUUAUUCCUUGGGGUACAGAAGCUGGGAAAGAAGAGUGCUGCGUUCACACAACACACUUACCCAGUGACCAAAUGAGCCCCUUGUCUUGGUUUGUCAAAUACCUUGAAUCAGAAGCUGACCCAAUCAUGGUUUUUGCACAACAUGCUAAGCCACAUGUCCACCAACACACACACACACACACACACACCGUUAAAAUUCUCCCAGCUGAGCCUGUUGUGCAAACAUAGCUUGUAACUGCCCUGGCUUGGCAUGUUAUGUGAACGCAACCUCUCAGGGCUGUUCUGUUCUUCCCACGUGUUGUGAGAAUGCAAGAGGUUUUUAAAGGCCCUUUUUGGCCCUGGCACUCUUCUGGUUGGAAGUCAGACAGGACAAUCCUUCAACCGCACUGUUUCAAAAGUGCGCUGUGGCUUCUGCCUUCCUCCUGCAGGGUUGAGAGGCUGCUGCCCUCCUGCACAGGCCCCCACACAAGAGAGCAGCAGAAUUUGAUCCCUGCGGGGUGCAUGGAAGCACCAGCGCGGUGGGCCCUCUCAGUGAGAAUGGGGCCUCCUCUAGGUCAACCCCCCCCUCUGCACUGAAGGAGGGGCUGGAGCAGGGUGGAAGCAAAAUUUGGGGAAAGAUGAAAUGCCUCAUAGGACUUCUGAAGGAUGGGGGGGAGAAAGAUAUCAAAUUUCAUUUUUGGGGAACAAUGUAGGGGGAGAUCCUGCUUCCCUCCAGCCCCAAACAAAAAGCCUCUGUGCCCCCUUCCUCAUUGAGGGAUGGAGGCUCCCCAGGGUUUGUCCUGCAUGGCAGCCCCACAGCCCCUUUUCCACUGCACACUUCCUCCACUUCCUGCUGCUCAACUGUAGCGCGGGGGGGGGGGGGGCGCCCUGGCCGCGUCUGUGUUUUCCUUCUGUGUGGUGACUUGUGCAAUGGCAUUUGGCCAAGAAGCCAACCAACGAUAAAGAUUUGUUUCUGCUG